UGUGCCACUCAAGUCACUGUUACGUAUUUGCAUAAGGAGGAGACUAUAAAUGAGUAACGGUUUAGGAAACGCCUUCCCAGGCGCACUCCGCGGAUGCUGAUAGAAACAAGAUAUAUUCCAGAUCGGCGACAGUGCUCUGGUACUUAAAGACACAAACAAGAUGGCCUAUAGAUCAGGUCCACAUUCCUCUUACCGAAAGAUGUUCGGCGGGGAGAAAACCGCCGUAAGGUCCAACUACUCGAGCCGCCAGUUUUCGAUCCCGGUGCGCUCCUCCCGGGUUUCCUUCGGGCUCUCCUCCACCCCGACCAUAUACGCGUCGAAGACCCAGAGGCUCCGGAGCAGUGCAGCCAUGCCCCGGCUGGCAUCCGAGAACUUGGACUUCUCCUUGUCUGACGCCAUAAACUCCGAAUUCAUCACGAACCGCACCAACGAGAAGGCGCAGAUGCAGUCCCUCAAUGACCGCUUCGCCAACUACAUCGAGAAGGUUCGCUUCUUGGAGCAGCAAAAUAAGAUCCUACUGGCGGAGCUGGAGCAGCUGCGGGGCAAAGGGACGUCCCGGGUCGGAGAUCUUUACGAGGACGAGAUGAGGGAGCUGAGACGCCAGGUGGACCAGCUCACCAACGAAAAGGCCCGCGUGGAAGUUCACCGGGAUAACCUGGGGGACGACAUCGACAGGCUGAGAGAGAAGUUGCAGGAUGAAAUUUCCCAGCGGGAGGAGUCUGAGGCAAACAUGCAGAGCUUUAGACAGGAUGUGGACAACGCUGCCCUCGCCAGACUGGACCUGGAGCGGAAAGUGGAGUCACUCCAAGAGGAAAUCAACUUCCUCAAGAAGCUGCAUGAUGAGGAAAUGUUGGAGCUGCAAAAUCAGAUCCAUCAGCAGCAGCAUGUGCAGGUGGACAUGGAUAUAGCUAAGCCUGACCUGACAGCGGCUCUGAGGGACGUCCGUCUGCAGUAUGAGAACCUGGCCUCCAAAAACAUCCAGGAAUCAGAGGAAUGGUACAAAUCCAAGUUUGCUGACCUCACUGAAGCUGCAGCUAGGAAUAAUGAAGCUCUGAGAGUGGCCAAACAGGAGUCCAAUGAUUACAGACGCCAAGUUCAGGCACUUACUUGUGAAGUGGAUGCCCUGAAAGGAACUAAUGAGUCCUUGGAGCGCCAGAUGAGGGAGAUGGAGGAGAACUUCUCCUUGGAGACGAGCGGGUACCAGGACACCAUCAGCCGUCUGGAGGAGGACAUUCACAACAUGAAGGAUGAGAUGGCCCGUCACCUCCGCGAGUACCAGGACCUGCUAAAUGUCAAGAUGGCUCUGGACAUUGAGAUUGCCACCUAUAGAAAGCUGCUGGAAGGAGAGGAGAGCAGAAUCUCCACCCCCUUGCCAAACUUCUCAUCUCUUAACCUGAGAGAAACAAUGGUUGACUCCAAACCACUUAUCGAAACCACAACAACCAAGAAAGUCCUCAUCAAGACCAUUGAGACCAGGGAUGGUCAGGUGAUCAACGAGUCGACCCAGAACCACGAUGACAUGGACUAAUAAUGUCCUUGUCUUUACCAAACCACCAACAAAAAGCAAUAAGAAGAAACACAUUUCACUCGGGCUACAAGCAAGCAAACAAGCCAACAACACACAAAAAGCAAACAGCUUCGAGAAGUGCCUUUGUAUGUGGUGAUCCAGUAAGCCUGUUAGUUGACACAGACUGUAUUUUGCUUCCUUGGCCGCAGCAAGUAUUUUGUCACAGUUGUUUAGACACAAUAAUGAAGUCAGCACAACACAGCAGUUCUCACUGAGGCCUACAAAAAUCUAUCUUUGUAACCAAAGUAGUAUUUUUGAUCAAUAUAGCAUGCACUUACCAGAAAAACUGUAUGCUAAAGAUGUCACAAUUGCCUGUAUGCAGCAAUAAACCAUGAAGACUGUUACUCGC